AUGGGUAAACCAGAAGCUCCUCCUACUUAUACGAACAGAUCAAGUGAUAUGGUAAGCCAUGAACAGCUCCCACAAUUAGUAAAGAAUGAACCAACGUAUUUUGAAAAUGCUAGUUCUAUAGGCUGGUCAGUCACUAUUAAUAACCGUUUUUGGAGUGAUGGAUUUAGAAUCUUUGUCAGCAAGGACUCAGCAGAGAAGUUUAAAGCUUUCAAAAACAACCCCAAUGAACAUAUAACAGAUACGUUUUUAAUUUUCAGAAAGUAUGCCCCCAAAGAACAUGGCAGUUUCAAUAUCGAUAAAGAUUACUUUACAUACUGUGAAGUGAGAAAAAAGUAUCAUAUGGGUUAUAACACCUUGGUUUUUGACUUUACUCCCGACCCCAAUUCUCCAAAGACCAAUUUUCAAAUCGUUAUGUUUGACCAUUCCAUCUUGCCUAUUUGCGACUACGUGUACAAGGGCCAAGUACACAGGUGGGUUGAUGAAAGUUAUACAAGGAAAUUCAAGUCGUGCUGUCAAGUCAAAUUUGGGUUUAAACAUAGUAUACUCAGACCUGGACAACCAUCUUUGAUUGAUAACUGGGAUGGACAUUCUUACAAGUUGGAGAAGACGAAACCAAAUCCAUAUAUAGGAUCAUCUUUUAAAAUGUGGUUUCGUCCGAAAGCAAGAGUGCCUAAGCCGGAAUACUACGGUAAGAAAUGCUUAGCUACAUUGGGAGAAGAAGAAUGGGGUUUCAAAUUGGGGUAUGGUGAGGUGAAAAUUGACGACCUGUAUAAUACAGACCCCAAUAUUGAUUACGAAAGCGUACUUUCAAUGCAUGAAGAUGCAUUGGUACUUGUUUGCGUUGCCACAGUGUUAAAAAAGCAAAAGAAAAUUGAAGAAGAUGCCAGAAAUAGCACAGCUUAA